AUGUCGGACGGAUUCGCCACCAAGGACGAGGUGGACACCGUGUUUCUGCGGUUGAAACAGAACCCCGCCAACCAGACGUGUUUCGACUGUGCCAACAAAAACCCGACCUGGACGUCGAUCCCCUUUGGCAUCUUGCUCUGUCUCGAGUGUUCCGCCGUGCACCGCAAUCUCGGCGUGCACAUCACGUUUGUGAAAUCGCUGAAUUUGGACCAAUGGCAGCGCAUCCAGUUGCGCCACUUCAAGUUCGGCGGCAACGCGGUGGCGGCGGAUUUCUACAAGAAAAACGGCGGCUCGCAGUUCCUCAAUGCGGGGGCCGAUCCCAACGCCAAGUACACUAGCCCCGUGGCCCGCAAGUACAAGGACAAGUUGAAAAAGACCGCGCAGCAGGACGCGUUGAAACAUCCGGAUGUGGUCACGCUAGAAGACGACCUGGACUCGUUGUCGUUGGUGGGCAGCUCGUCGAACGCGGCCUCCACCGACGAUUUCUUCUCCAACUGGACCAAGCCCGCCACAGACACGCCCUCUCCGUUGCAGUCGCGCCUGGCCACGCCCAGUCUCGUAGACGACGCGAUGCCCGGCGCAAAAAAGACGCUGGCGCCGCGCCCCGCCGCCAGAACCAGCCGAGCCUCGGCUUCCGCGGCCAAAAGCUCCAUUUUGUCCUCCAAGGGCAACGGGCCCAAGACCACGCGUGCCCGGCGCGUCAACAAAACCACCGAGGAGAUCGACUUCGACGAGAUCGAGAGAAAGGCCAAGCAGGAGGCCGAGGAGGCUAAGAGAUUGGGGUACAACCCGCAGGCCAGCACCUCCUCCUCGCCGGCCGCUCCUGCGCAGGCGCCCCGGCCUUCCGUUUUGGCCUUGGGCAGCACCUCGGCGGCCCCUGCAGCCCCCGUCCAGGACACCACCCCCAAGCUCCAGAAAUUGGGCUUUGGCAUGGUGCAGGGCGAAAACAAAGUCGAGCUGGCCAGCACCAAGAAGUACAAGGAGGUCCAGUACACCGGCAAUGUGGCCAACAAGUACGGCACACAGAAGGGCAUUUCUUCGGACGAGUUCUUCGGUAGAGGCCCCCAGUUUGAUGAGGGCGCAAAGGCAGAGGCCCGCCAGAAGCUCCUGGCUUUUAGCGGCGCCCAGUCAAUUUCGUCGAGCUCGUACUUCGGCGAGGACGAGGCGCAGGGGGCACAGCAGGCCGGCAGCCGGCAGGGCGACGGCCUCGGCUUGUCGGAUAUAGAGUCUGCCGCACGUGACUUUGCCUCCCGGUUCAGUGGGAACGCCAACCAGGACUUGGAGGUGUUGAAAGAUGCGUUGGAAGAUGGAGCCACCAAGCUUGGCGGUCUUUUGAGGGACAUUUUACGCUGA